AUGAAACAAGCGUCAGAGGACUCCAGCCGCAGCUGUGGGACCAGGUCGAGUUCCCUCCGUACCCUGACUGCGGCUGAGCUGGGAGACCGUAGCCGCACGCCAGUGGGGGGCAGGGAUGAGCGUCGAGAGGAAAACGCUGUGGGCGGCGGCUUUCAGUCCCUGCGGGAAGCCUGGGAUGGUGUGCACUCAGAGGCACAAGCUGCGGAGGAGGGGAAAGAGAUGGUCAGUGAUGACAGUCCUAACCCCGAAGUGCCGGCCUGUGCUCCCAAGCCGCAGGGUUGCGGGGGUGGCAUCUACCUCGGCAAUCAGCCCAGCACGAGCUUGGCGAAAAAGGCCCCACAGGACCGCGAAGCAAGCCGAGGGGGGCACGGGCCCGGCGGGCGCUCAGGCCCAGGAACCGCGGGGCGCGGGCACCCUGCUUGGGGCGGGCGCCGCGCUGGGCUGGGCCGGGCUCUGCUCUCCGCGGGCAGCGAGCCCAAGCCCCGGGCCCCGCGUGCCGGUGCGGUGCCCGCGCCCGCGCCGUGCCUGCCACCACCGCCGCGGUCCGGGUUUUGCGGGCGGCCGGAGCUGUAUUUCCAGCGCUGUCCAUCGCUCGUGCAGCCCCAGCAGCCGGAUCGGGAGGAGGAGAGCCAGCGACCACAAAGAAGACAGGAGCGCGAGGGAGGCUGGCGGGCGGGCCGGCGCCGGCUGGAGCGCGGAGGAGCCCGGGCGCAGCCGCCGCCGCCGCUGCCCGGGAGGACGGGAGCCCGGCCGCCGCCGCCGCCUGCUCUUCCUCCUCCUCCUCCGCCACCGCGGCCGCCACCUCCCCCCUCUCCCAGCCCCUGGUCCAUGGAGGCAGCUAGCGGGGCCGGCGACUUGGCACCGGCCUGGGGAUCGACUGCGCGUCGCGCGCUGAGCACCGCAGCCCGAGGGCAGGCAGCGGCGGCCCGGCACACCGGCUGA